AUGCCACCCGCCUUCGAGUUCCGAGGCAAUACAGACCGCCGCCCACACCACAGCCAUCAUGCGAAACACGAAUUCACCUUUCGCUAUCCGCGACCAGGCACCGCCGAACGGCCACUCUUGCGAGCCAAGAGAGAGUCCACGCCGGAGCUUCUCGUGGCCGAGGGAAGUGCGGACGAUAAACCCGCGAUGAAAUUCGCACCGCUCGAGAACCUCAGCGACAGCGAAGAAGCCGACAUGGACGUCUCCUCGUCCGACGAGGCAGCGGACGACUCCCGUCCACGCAAGAGACGCGCCGUGGAAUCGACCGAAACACCUGCGCCCGCUCCUCCGGCUCCCAAAUGGUCCAACCCAGACCCCUACACCGCGCUCCCGCCGCCCGACGAGACGCAGCAGAAGAAGGUGGACGUGGUCAAGUUGAUUCGCAAGGCUCGCGUCGCCGCCGCGGCAUCGCAACCGGCCAAGGCGGAUCCGGUCACCAGCAAUGAGGAUUUCAUCUCAUUAAGCGGGCUCGUCGAUGAGGAGGAGGAAAAGAAGUCUAGACCCCCGGAAGAUGCCCCGUCAGGCCCGCGGCGCCAAAUGGACUCUGCGUUCGGAAACCGCAAGAGAACGUACGACGAUGAGAUCAAGGGUGUUUCCAAGAAAACGGGCAAACCGCUGAGCAGGUACCAUUCGGAUGGCUCGAUUAUUGACGAGUGGAGGGUCCGGAAGUCUCAGGCGGGCACGCCGUGGUUGAGCAGCAUGCAGCCGUCGCUGCAUAUCGGGUCGAAACUGCACAAUGAGAUCCUUAGCUUCUACCAUUGGGUCAAGCCGGUGGACUACGAACAGAUUGUCCGAGAAGACUUGAUCUCACGGCUCCAGUCGGCAUUUCAGAGCAGAUACUAUGGCGUGCAACUUCGACCUUUUGGCUCGUUUGCAUCCGGCUUAUAUCUCCCUACGGCGGACAUCGAUCUGGUCCUUCUGUCGACAAAUUUCACGCGCAACGGGAUCAAGACGUUCGGAGAACGGAAGGGUCAGAUAUAUGCGUUUGCCGCGUUCCUGAGAAACCUUGAUAUCGCUGUCCCGGGAUCGAUCGAGACCAUCGCUCAUGCGCGCGUGCCCAUCUUGAAGUUUGUCGACAAGCUUACUGGUCUGCGGGUGGAUCUGUCGUUUGACAACGACAGCGGGCUGAUUGCCAACAACACGUUCCAGCAGUGGAAACAGGAAUAUCCUGCCAUGCCGGUUAUUGUGUCUGUGGUCAAACAGUUCUUGCUGUUGAGAGGGCUCAACGAAGUCCCCACCGGUGGGUUGGGAGGGUUCUCAAUCACAUGUCUUGUAACAAGUCUACUGCAACAUCUGCCCCAUGGCCAUGUGACAUCGAAUCUGGGCAGUAUCCUUCUCGACUUCUUCGAGUUUUACGGUGAGCUCUUCGACUUUGAAAGCGUGGGAAUCCGGAUGGACCCUCCGGGGUAUUUCAACAAGCGUGUCUACAAAUCCUCCAGAGACAACAGUCCGCGCCUUGCCAUCGAGGACCCCAACAACCCCGACAACGACAUCUCGGGCGGCACUAGAGAAAUCUCCCUGAUCUUCAACUCUUUCUCUCAAGCCUACCGCGCGCUGAAGCAGCGCAUGGUCUCCAUGGGCAUGUCCGGGAACGCCGACGGCAGCAUCUUGGAAUGCAUCAUCGCAGCCAACUACGACGAAUACACCGAGCAGAGGUGGCAACUGCGCGACGUAUUCCAGCAUCACCCCCGAUUUGCCCAAUACCGCCGCGCUUCCACUCCCCCGCCUCCGCCGCAAGCAUCUCCCCCUCCUCCACCACCGCUGCCGUCGAACCCUCCGCCUCCCCAGGAGCCCAAAGAGCGACUGACCAAGCUGCAAAGAAAGCACCAGGCCUCGCGCGACCGCGCCGCGCGGCUGAAGAAGCUGCGUCCAGACCUUACAUCCAUCCCCGAGAUGAUCAGCAACGAGCAGGCUCUGAGUCUGGGCGGCUACAAGACCCAGUCCGCGAUGGACCGCGACCUGACACUCCGGGAGAAAGCGCAGAACGCUAACGCCACCGACUGA